AUGGCCGACUCCAACAGCAGCGGUGGUCGCAGGCCGACUUACCCUGCCGGAACGAUCGCUAAAGUGGCUACCGAAAUCCUGAAUGAAACAUUCCAGAACAUCAUUCACGACCUUGUCGCCAAAGUCCACCGCGAAGAGAAGGUGGCGCGCAUGCGGUCUGCAGUGGUUCUCGCCCGACAGAAGGCGGAGGAAGAUGCAAUCAUGCCAGAGGAGGCCCCCAGCAAAACCUCGACCGAUACCAAGAGAGAAAUUGUUCUCGAUACCAAGAAACUUGCGGGUAUGCGCAUGGAGACGGAUGCAGCCGUUUACAACCGCGGAAAGGUCUUCCUCAAAGGAAAUCCGAUGAAAACCGUGAAGGAGCAUGUGUGCCCAGAUUGUCGCCUCCCAAGGCUCAUGUACCCGACUACUGGGGCUCGUUCUCGGCCCCCUCUUGAUCCCGACGUUGAAUAUUGUACAAAUAUGCCCAUGAUCGACCUUCCCGGCCAUGACGUCCACGGAAAGCUCUUUGCAGUCACGCCAAACCCCAAGAAAAAGAAGGGUGACCGAGACAGCACCAUUCCCGAAAUUCCAACUACCAAAUGCCCUAUCUGUCCACGCUACUUUGUCAUGACUCGUCUCGCCCAACAUCUUGAACGCUGCGUCUGCGGUGGCCGCGGCGGCCGCGAUGGGGGCCGCAAUAAGACCCCCACAGACAAUAAUGGCAAUAGUCCCAACUCAUCAGCACCAAAGCGCCCUUAUGCAGACGACGACGAAGAAAGUCCCAGCCCCACCAAGAAGAAGAAGCUGAAUGGACCCAAGAAGGGGUCCACCGCAAAGCCCGGGCCAAGUAAGCUCAAGCAAUCAUUCACAGCUGAGGACAACGACGACGACAUCAAGAGCGAGAACGCCGACUGA